UUCUUUUCUUCGACGUAAUUUCCGGUAUCUAUCUCACCGAAACAUGUUAUUCAUUCUCUCGAGUGAAGUUUUAUGAUUAAUAUUCCAAGCUUUGUUUUAAAUUGCAUUAAAAUAUGUCGCUGUCUACUGCGCGUUCGUUCCUAUCGGAGGCUGGUUAUGGAGAACAAGAACUGGAUGCCAAUUCGGCUCUUAUGGAGUUGGACAAAGGACUGCGGUCUGGCAAGCUUGGAGAACAGUGUGAAGCGGUGGUGCUCUUUCCAAAACUGUUCCAAAAAUAUCCAUUCCCAAUUUUGAUCAACUCUGCUUUCCUGAAACUGGCUGACAUCUUCAGACUUGGGAACAACUUCCUGCGCCUGUGUGUGCUGAAAGUAACCCAGCAGAGUGAGAAGCACCUGGAAAAGAUUCUGAACGUUGAUGAGUUUGUCAAAAGAGUUUUCUCCGUCAUUCACAGCAACGACCCGGUGGCCAGAGCCAUCACACUUAGGAUGCUGGGCAGUCUGGCCUCCAUUAUCCCUGAGCGGAAGAACGCUCACCACAGCGUCCGCCAGAGUCUGGAUUCUCAUGACAAUGUGGAGGUGGAGGCAGCCAUCUUUGCGGCAGCCAGCUUUGCUGCCCAGUCAAAAGAUUUUGCUGUUGGGAUUUGUAACAAACUCAGUGAAAUGAUUCAAGGGCUGGACACGCCGGUUGACAUGAAGCUGAAGCUGAUCCCGGUGCUGCAGCACAUGCACCACGACGCCUGGGUGGCGUCCACCAGCCGCGAGCUCCUGCAGCAGCUGCUCUCCUCGUACCCCUCCACCCACAUGGUGGUGGUCACGCUGCACACCUUCACACAGCUCGCCGCCGCCUCGCUCAUCGACAUCCCCAAACAGAUUCAGCUGCUGUUGCAGUACCUCAGGGAGGACCCCAGGAAGGCCAUCAAGAGACUCUGCAUCCAGGACCUCAAGCUGAUCGCAAAGAAAGCACCGCAUCUCUGGACCAGAGACAACACACAGACACUGUGUGAAUGUGCUCUCAGCAGUCCCUACAACAGUCUAAAGCUGGGCAUGCUGUCUGUCCUCUCAGCCCUGUCUGGAACCAUUGCCAUCAAACAGUACUUAAGCUCGGGAGCAGGAGGCUCAUCCUCACCUUCCCCUCGGCAGACAGACCUGGUGCGCCUCGCUCAGGAGUGCUGUUACCAUAGCAACCUCCCGGUGGCAGCCCACGGGGUCACCGUGCUGGCCAACAUUGUCAUCUCCUGUCCCGAGAAGAGCCGCCACUCGCCUGAAGAUGUUCUGCAGCUGGAACAGGACACCGUCAUGGGAGUGGAGUCUCUGAUGGUGCUCUGUAGCCAAGACGACAGCCCCACGGCACAGUCCGCUCUCAAGAUGGCGCUGUUGUCCCUGGUGCGCAUGCUGAAGGUGCGCCCUCACCUUGCACAAGUGUGUGUGGAGCUGUUGCUGUGCCAGCUCCGCUCCGCCUGCGACCCUGCCCGUGUGCACCUGUGCCACGCCCUUGCAGCCGUCGCCAGCCAGCUGCCCGUGCUUGGGGAGGGCAUGCUGGGAGAUGUAGUCGACCUCUACAGGGUCGCUGGCCACUCCAGCUCUGAGAAGCAGCAGGAGCUACUGGUCUCCUUGGCAACAGUGGUGUUUGUGGCCGGCCAGUCGCGUCUGUCAGCCGAGGUGAAGUCGGUGAUCAGAGAACAGCUGGAGAACGCCGCCAACGGUUGGACCGUUUACCGCAUCGCCAGACAAGCUUCCCGCAUGGGCUGCCACUCGUUCUCCAGCGAGCUGUACCAGAGUUUGCGGACACGCGUGGCCUCCGAGCACCUCUACUUCUGGCUCAGCAGCCUCCAGGACUUCUCCCAGGCUGAGCAGUGCCUGAGCGACCUGCAGGAUGGAGACUACAGCGCCGCCACCACCGCCAUCGCAGAGGCCCUCCGCUCCUACCAGAAGGGCAUCGCCUCACUCACGGCUGCCAGCACACCUCUGAGCCCUCUGACAUUCCAGUGUGAGUUUGUGAAGCUGCGCAUCGACACACUGCAGGCCCUGGCCCAGCUCAUCUGCACGUGCAACAGCCUGAAGACCAGCCCUCCUCCGGCCAUAGCCACGUCCAUCGCCCUCACAUCCGGCAACGAGCUGCAGCGCUGUGGACGCAUCUCUCUGCAGAUGAAGGUGUCCCUGGAUGAGUUCAGGAGUCUGGCCGCUCGCUACGCCGACCUGUACCAGUCGUCCUUCGAUGCUGACUCUGCGACUCUGCGCAACGUGGAGCUUCAACAGCAGAGCUGCCUAAUGGUGUCCCAUGUGAUCGAGGCCCUCGUCCUGGACCCGCACACAGCCAGCUUUCAGGAGUACGGCGCCACAGGGGCGGUGCAGGCGGAGAGCGAGUACGAGAGGCAGAUGAUGGCCGUGUUCAGCCGCGUGCUCGAGGAGGUGGAGAACCUCAGCAGGAAACACCCACCCGUCUCAUACCUGCACACUGCCUGUCUGUGUGAUGCAGUGAUCGCUCUGCUCAAGGUACCCCUGUCCUUCCAGAGGUAUUUCUUCCAGAAGCUUCAGUCCACCAGCAUUAAACUCGCCCUGUCACCAUCACCACGGACCACAAGUGAGCCGAUACCGGUGCAAAACAACCAGCAACUGGCUUUGAAGGUGGAGGGUGUGGUACAGCAUGGCUCCACUCCUGGAUUGUUCCGGAAGAUCCAGUCAGUCUGCCUUAAUGUCAGCUCGACACUGCAGAGCAAGACAGGACCUGACUCAAAGGUACCACUGGAGACAAAGACCAACGAGAUUGAGCAGAGAGUGGAGCCUCACAACGAUUACUUCAGCACGCAGUUCCUGCUCAACUUCUCCGUGCUGGGCAGCCACACGGUCACAGUGGAGGCGUCCGUGGUGGACGGAAGUGGGGUGGAGUGGAAGACGGGGCCGCGCUCGGUCGUGGGCGUGAAGUCGCUGGAGGACCCCUUCUCCCAGCAGCAGAGGCAUCUGCUUCAGCAGCAGCAGCAGCAGCAAGCCCAGCAGCAAGCCCAGCAACCGCCACAGCCGCCAACCCCCCAGCAGGCAGCGGCGGUGGCGGCAGCGGCCCAGGCCCAGGCUGCCCAGAGGAGCGCCUAUGGGCGGUUCCAGUAGUUGCCACCAGGGGGACAGAACAGGGGCUCUGAAGUUGUCUAGUGAAAAUGAAAAGGACAUGGGGAAGUAAAAGAAAAAUGGCGGCAAACAGCAGUGUCUGUGGACCAUUUCUUGUUGGGCCAAGAAUUGACUUAACGUUUGUACUCAAAAUGUCAAAGCAUGCAAGCCUCUUCAUUAAAUGCUACAUAAGGCCAUUUCUGUAA